AAAGCCGGGCUAGCACACACACAUGCUAAAACAUUAGCAAGCUCAUUUGUGCGAUAGCGCACAAGGAAUGUUUUGUUGGAAAGCUUAGUGUCAACAAUUAUUCCUAAAGAUGUCAGGAUCCAGACCACCAUCCCUGGUGCAUUUGGCGAAUGGGCUUGGCAUAGCAACAACACAAUCCCCAGAUCAUCAUUCGUCAUUCGUGACUCUUCAGGAGUAUCGUUGUGUAUUAAGUUGGUUUCUUGGAUGGGGGCCUUCUCAAAGACAGCAAUUUCUAGAGGACCUUAUAGCAAAAGCUGUACCAGGAAAAGUGUGUAGCCUACUUGCACAGCUAACAACAAUGCAGGUAAAGGACAAGCCUCCCAACAUCUUUGAAUGCCAGCUCCGCCUGUGGACACAGUGGUUUGAGUCAUGGACCGAGGAGGAGCGAAACACCUUCAUCACUCGACUAGAGGAGGCUGAUCCUGCGUUUGUUGCCCAGUUCUAUACAGGCGUGGCCUGCACAGCCGGGACUGUGUAGAUGGCCAGAGAAUCACCAGUGUAUUCCAUGUCUAUUGUACAUGAGCACAUUGAGGAUCAAUGCUGGACAGCUUGCAGGUGAUGUUCUUUAUGUGGCAUGGGGGGGUGGGGGGAUUCAGGUUAGAACUGAGCGAGUCCUCUGGACAGCUUUGGCUGUUGGGGCUACCUUUACCCAAAAUAACCUUCACAGACGUGUGUGUGUGUGUGUGUGUGUGUGUGUGUGUGUGUGUGUGUGUGUGUGUGUGUGUGUGUGUGUGUGUGUGUGUGUGUGUGUGUGUGUGUGUGUGUGUGUGUGUGUACAUAAAUAAUAUAUUUUUGUAUUUUUUGUAUGUUAAAUUUUGACUAAAGUGUACGGACUGCUUUCUUCUCCGUUUGGAAUAAAUAUGACCAAAAAAAUG